CCGAGGAAGCCCAUAUAUAUCCUGAAAAAAGGAAGGGACUGGUUGCCAGGUUCAUAUCUAAUCAGGAGGAAGUAAUUUCUAUCGCUUUCGACAAAUGCAGCUGGAGCCGCUCUUACAAGAGCAGGGGCUGCUGGCAGGGGAGAUGCUGGGAGGACCUUUCCAGUGCUGUCGAGACAAUAACUGAAGAGGUUUGAUGUCUGGAGUGUGCAGACGCACCGAUGCUGAUACUGAGAAGUCUCCACCUGUGUGUUUCUGAAGCAGUUUUUGGGGCAACACCAGGGUGGAGGAAGCCUGCGAAAUGUACACCCGGGCUGCCAACAUGUUCAAGAUCGCCAAAAACUGGAGCGCCGCAGGAAACGCGUUUUGCCAGGCGGCCAAGCUGCACAUGCAGCUGCAGAGCAAACACGACUCGGCCACCAGCUUCGUGGACGCCGGGAACGCCUACAAAAAAGCAGACCCGCAAGGGACGAUUCACCAUCGCUGCCAAGCACCACAUCACCAUCGCGGAGAUCUACGAGGCCGAGCUGGUAGACAUUGAGAAGGCGAUCGCACACUACGAGCAGGCCGCAGACUAUUACAAAGGAGAGGAGUCCAACAGCUCGGCCAACAAGUGUCUGCUGAAGGUGGCCGCCUACGCGGCGCAGCUGGAGCAGUACCAGAAGGCGAUAGAAAUCUACGAGCAGGUCGGAACAAACACGAUGGAUAAUCCUUUGCUCAAGUAUAGUGCGAAAGAGUAUUUCUUCAAAGCCGCUCUGUGCCACUUCAUCGUGGAUGAGCUGAACGCCAAGCUUGCACUUGAGAAAUACGAAGAAAUGUUCCCAGCGUUCACAGACUCACGGGAGUGCAAGCUAUUGAAAAAACUGCUGGAAGCCCACGAGGAGCAAAACUGCGAGGCAUACACCGAGGCGGUUAAAGAAUUCGAUUCGAUAUCGCGGUUGGAUCAGUGGCUUACGACCAUGUUGCUUCGCAUCAAGAAGUCGAUCCAAGGAGAAGGGGACGGGGACCUGAAGUGAAUCGUUCGUGGUAUUCGUGGCAUGCAGCCUCAGCAAUCCGUUCGUGUGUUACAGCCAAGGACCGCUAUGGGAUACGUGAUAAAAUACCUGGCUUUAUUUUGUUGCUUACAAAUCCAAUGACUUGUGUUUCUUUACUAUCCUGCUCUUUGUCGUGACAGUGUGGGUAGGUGAGGAGCCACGCUCCGGGUAGCGCUGGCAGAGCUUUCGAAGGGGAAAGAGGCACUUCUGGCCGAAAUCCUCUCGGUUUUGUUAGCCGUGAACCCAAAGUCUGCCCUCGCGACUGCUGUUUUUCCCCGCUGUUCUGUCUUAAGGCUCGGUACCAUUGACUCCAGCAUGUAAAUACUUUGUCCGCGCCAGUGCAGUACAAAUAAUUGCUUCUGAUCUGUUGCUGUAUUGUUACCGCUUCCCGUUUCUGAACGGACGUCUGUCAGGCACACUUGGACCGGGUGUUUUGGGUUUUUUGUUGUUUUUUUAAACUGUUUCAGCUUUUUUUUAACGGUGCUAGUGAAAGGCUUUGUGACCCUUCCCUGCAGUAUGCAUGCGUGCGCGUCCAUCCUGUGUGUGCACUGAUAAAUAGGUAACAGCCCAGCGCUGGAAGCGUCACCCGCUAGGGGACAGGUCUGCUUAGAUUGGUGUCAGCCCUCCGGCCAGUCGUGGCGAGUAGAACUAGUUAACGGUGUAUUUUGUAUUUCAGAUCUAAAUAUAAAAUGUGAGGUUCUUCUAUAUUUUCUUGGAUCUAUUUUUCCACUUUAUUUUGUGGCGCAUCCCCAUCCCUCCUACCCCGGGAUGACUUGACCCGAGUAAUAAUCUAUUUUUCUAACUUUUCAUUUACGUGAACUCCUGCUGCUGGCUCUGCUACAGGUCUUUUGUGUGCGCCGGGCAGCGGCCGUUAGUUUCCAACCUCUUUGCUGUUGGCGAAGCUGCCUCGUUCUUGUGACGUGCAAAGGUGGCGACCGAGACUCGCUCUCUUGGCUUCAGGGGUCCGGGUGACAGGCAGCUUGAGCUUGCUUUGGAAAAGCAUAGACACGUUUAAAAAAUUCCUGCGGUAACUUUUUUAAGAAACGUGUUUUAAAAUGCCUGCCACCGAGGCCGCGCGUGCGACGCGCUCCUUAACUAGAGGUGAUCAAACUGUUACUUCAUGGGCGUAUAUAUUAAGAUGUCACGCGGUAUUUCUCUGUGAUUAAGUGAUUUUCAGCUGCGCUCCUCACACAUAAAGAAUGAAAAAGUAAUUAAUUGCUUCACUUGGCACAACUGCGGCGUACGUGGGCCCUCUCCCGUGGCCGGAGCAGGAACGGCGGGCGCUGCCGCCCGGCUGGACUCUGGCCCUUGUUUCUCUUGGUGAAGUGAUUGUCUCUGCUCAUAUUCUGGCAGGAAAAAUGGCUUUUGAACUUCUCUUCAGUUUCUUUUUCACCUAGAUAUUUCUGGGAGUAGAGCGCAGUUUGGCUUAGUGGUCUAAGGGGUUUAGUUCUGUCAAAGUGGUGCUUUACCCCUACCACUGAUUUAUGAAAAAGAAAACCAAAAACUGCUCCUGAUACACACCAAACUAUUAUUUUUUGUUUUCUCCUCCUGACUGGGCUCACUGGUCACUCAUCUUCUGUAGACUGUUCUAUUGGUAGAAAAGACCCAUGAGCUGUGCAGAACUGGCACCUGGAUGAGUGAGGCUCGUUCUUCCAAACAACUUCACUUUCUUCACUUCUCAAUGUGUUUUUAAGGCUACUGCUCGUGACAAACCCGUCAUUUUAACUUAGACUUUAACUACGUCUUCCCACAAACUUGGCAAAGACAGACCUUCCACCCCGUUUAGCGCGUGGUCCUGGUCUGUCUCCACCCCAGACGGGAGCCCACCAGAACCAGAGACCGGCUGCCGUUUUCCGAGGGCGUCCCCUUCCUGUACCAGAGUCCUUCGCGGGCUUGCGCCGCCUCCGCUGGGCAGAGGAAACGCUGGGCUUAGGAUGCAGAGCGUGGUAGGGAGGUCAUCUUGUCGCUAAAGCUGGCUUAGCUGCAGCUUUGCUCUCAGUUUGGACAAGAGGGCCCGAAGAUGUAACCGCUGCUGAGCUUACCUGCAUUAAAAGGACGGGGUUAGAACCAUUUUUAAUUUACCUGUUCCCUUAGCGAGCGAAGACCCAUCGUACUGACGGGUUUGUCUUGACUUGCAGCCAAGCUCGUUGGUGUGAGGGGUGCUGAGGCAGAAGCCAUGAGGUUUACUUCUCCUAGCGUCACACGCGGCCGAGGCGAGCAGCUUGCGCCUUGUUUUGUUCUCUGCUCCAGCUGUCAGUGUUAUGCGCAGUCGUGGUAAGAUGUACGUGGAGCAGAAAACCGUACCCGUGGGGUUGUGCGGUCUCUUACUCCAGAGCGCAGUAACACCAUUCAAAUACAAGCAUAGUUCUGUACCAGUAGGCUGCAGCAUGUCCUCCAGUGUAUCAGUGGUAAAUUGUGACGGUUUUAAAAUGACAAUCUGCCACUCUGCUGUAUUCCCCCCCGCCCAGUUCACAACUCUGUACUCUGAAAACUUAUUAAUGAAAUGGCCUUAGCAAGAAUAUAAUGUUUUGUGUGAAUCUGUACAUUAAUAAAGUGAAAAGAAUGAAA